AAUCGCGUUUGGUUCCUCCGGCUCGCCGUAGCGCGGUUACCGGCGCUGUUUUGAGUGUGUGUUUUCUCCUAACGCGCGGAGUUUACAGGGUUUUAAUCUGCAUGUGUUUGUUUUAGAGACUGAAACAUGGCGCAGACCUGCCAGAGCGUUACCCUGUCUUUAACUCUGCCCAUCUCCUGCCAGAUCUGCCUGGGGAAGGUUCGCAAACCCAAGAUUUGCUCCAACAAUCAUGUGUUCUGCUCGACCUGCAUUGACGUCUGGCUUCAGAAAUGUAGCCAGUGUCCCACCUGCAGAGUGGCCAUCACCCCUGAAAACCCAUGCAAAGAAAUCAUAGGAGCAACAAAUGAUGACAGCGAAUCAAACGAAAGCCACUCAGUUAAGAAGCAUCUCAGAAAAACCCGUGGGGAAUUAAUACUGCAAGAAUACGAGGAUGAAAUUGAAACCCUACUGAAAGAGAACGAGGAGCUGAAGAGCAAAAACCUGAGCCUCGAGACGCAACUGAAGACUGCUCUGGAACCCAGCACCUGCUUCUCUUCUCAAAGUGAGACUGAAGCCGUUGACCCGAGAGUUCUGGAGGAAUCGGCCAAUAAACUCAAAGCUGCCAAUGAGCUCUAUCAGAAAGUCAGACAGGAUGUGGACAAGCUGAAAGAAGCUAACAAGACCCUGAGGUCCCAGAAUGUCGACCUAAUCCAGGAAAACAUGCGCUUGAAGGCUGAAGUGGAGAGCAGGUCUCCUCAAAAGUUUGGCAGGUACACUGUCGCCGCUCUAGAGGCGAAGAUCGUUCAGCACGAGCGGGAAAUGACUCAGCUGAAGAAGGCCCUGGAGCGCAGCGACAAAUACAUAGAGGAACUGGAGGCCCAAGCGUCAAAAAGCCAGAAGGGGGGUGACAAAAACUCAGAAGAUCCACAGUCCAGCGGCAGCGUCUCUGGAGAAACGCAGGCUGGAGUUGCGGGAGUGGCUACAGUGAACAGCAGCCGGAUAGCUACGAUGCGGAGGAGCCUGAGUGAAAUGGAGGAGGCUUCUGUUUGCACAGAUUUGGACAGGAAGUCCAUAAAUCUCCCUAACAACCACGGCUUCUUGCUUACCACAUCUGAUACGUGCCACGGCAUUGGAUUUUUGGAUGAAGCUUCAAGCCCACAGAAAGAUUUACUCCCAAAUAUUACCAUGCCUAUGCCGUCCACUCCAUCCACACCAUCCUCGGUCUUCAGCUCCUUGAGCCUCAAGAGUCCAGCUGUGUGUUCUGAGAGAAAACAAGGCUUUAAGCGCCUCACGUACCUGAGGAGGCUCAGUUUUGAUGACUGUAGCAGCUCUAGCACUUUUAGUGCCUCAGCCUCCGUUGAUCAAACCUCUAAAGCUAACCAAAUCGACAAAGAUGAAUCGUUUAAUUCCAGAAUUAUGCUGAAUUCUGAUACAGGAGUGUUAUGGAGUGGCUGGCAAGAUGCUAAAGUGGCUAAAGCCAAGCCUGCAAGCUUCAAGCUGAAAAUAAGUAUGGAUGCAUCUUCCUCAACUGAAGAAGAAGCUGAAGCUAGUGAAGCUAGCAUGGACUUGGCAUACCUCGACAAGAUCUCUGAAUUAGACUCCAUGAUGGCCGAAGGUGAACCUUCUCAGCUUUCGCCGAUGCUAUCGCACGCACCAGAGUUUAACGUCCCACCGAUACCAAAGCUGGAGUCUGAUUUGGCUCCGCCAAAUGUGCGGCAGAGCACAUCAUCAGCUCAGGGAAGCAGCAAAAGUCUGCCGGAAAGUUCUGGAGAAUCCUCCAAGCGCAAGUGUCCUGCUGGUUUAGUGACCUCUAGUCCUUCCAAACUCUCCAAGAUUAAAUAAAAUAAAAAUAAAAAACAGAAAUUUCCUAGGCCAUGGUGAUGCAGAAGGUGGAAGUGACACAAAUCCUAAUUUCUGGCCAAAUCUGAUAUUUAUUUUUGGCUGUUUACAGUUUGUAUUUUUUUUAAUGUGAUCUAUGUCUGACAUUCCUUUGAACAGUUUGCAUAGUUCAACAGAUUCACAUGCACAGAAAAACAGUGCUUCACGUAAACUUUCGGUUUCACCCUGGUCUGAAUCUCAAGAGCUUUGAAUAAGUUCAGGCUGCAGCUGAGCUUAUGACUGAGAUUUCCUUAGAACUGACUGUCAGACAGCCAACCCUUUUUCUAUUAAGUUAAUUUUUUUAUGUUUUUUUUAAUUUUUUUUUUUACUUUUGACACUGCAGCCGCUUCUUGUGGUUGCAUUUGGCCAAUUCAUAGUAUUUAUUAACUCAUUAACCCAUAAACCCUUAUUCACAGCUAUCGUGCAUUUUUAUGUCUAAUCAUGUCAAUUUUCUCCUCUCACAUGAUUGGAUGAUUCAGUUUGGCUUGAGAAAACAUGAUUGAAUGAUGUUCAGAUGAUGUUUAUGACUGUUACAAUUAAACAUUUCCAAACUUUA